AUGUCUUCCAACGUCACCACGAGCGAAAGCCCUUCGACUACAGGACCCCAAGUCCACAAUAAAGCUACCCAUGCUCAGCAAGUAUCUACAACUCAUCAAAAUACCCAAGUUGCUCAGGCUCAUCAGUCUCAAGAAGGGCUUCAACAUCCUCCAGCUCCUUUGGAACAUAUUGAUCAUGUCGAUGAACUCGUCGCCGACAUUCCCAACCAACAGCAAAAUGUUCAGAAUCUCAUUGCCGACCAGGCUGACAUGCAGUCAGUUGCCGGUCUCCCCUUUAACCAGCACAGUCCCUAUCAGAAUAUCGUGCAGCAGUCGAACGUCUUUCCCCAGCAGCCUAGCAACCCGAACUUCGCUCAGCAUACAUAUGGAUACCCCUCUCAGCAGGCUUUCCAGUAUCCUUCUCACGCUGGCCAACAGCAAUAUCCUCAGAUGGGACAACGAUUUCCCUCUCAGUCGGCGUUUCACUUCAAUCAGCAGUUCGGGAACUCCUAUCUUUCUCAGCAAAACUUCCAACAGAGUUCACAACUCCAGGCUCAUCCGCACCAUUAUGCUGUGUUUCAAGACCCACGAGACGGCGCACCACCUCAGCAUCAGUCUACUCAUAGUAUGCCCCUCAACCUCGCCGGAGGUGGAAAUGCCUUGGCCAUGCAGCACCCUCAGCAACUUGGAAAUCCCGCCCAGCAGGUUGCUCCAGCAGCCUCAACACAUCCGAUCUGUCAUGAAGUCGGUUUCAAGAACCUCCUUGAAGAUCAGGAUGUCGCUGAAUCCCGAGGCGCUGAUGAAUGUGUUUCCGAACACAGCCAGCUCGUCAUCAAAGAGAAGAUGUCGCUACACGAUCUCAUCAAGCUGUACGAAUACGUCCAGCGGAAGGGGGAUGUCUAUCUCCCAGCCGGUGAUACCUACAAGCUCUUCUGGAGUUCUCUCUUCAAAAACUGGAAUUCCAAGAUGCCAGUUUCCGAAAGUCACCCUCUGCCUGCACGUAGCAAAUCAGACAUUCACAUCCAGAUCGGCUACUACUCUACCGAUGCCUCCAGCAACCAACUAGCAAAUGGGCGCCGAAGCUCCAAGGCUCGUAAGGGCAACGCGGUUCCGAUCUAUCUUUCACUCGACCUUGACGCAGAGGGCAUUAACUGGCUUUACAAAGACAAUAAUGGACAACGUGUCCAUAGGUCGCAAGUCAAGCUUCUGGUCGGUCUCAGCGAUACUCAAGCCAAGCAUAAUGUCUUGACCCAUUACGACACUUAUGAGAAAAACAGAGUCUGUGGACACAAUCUUCAGCUCAUCAUUGAGGCUGCUCGACGACGAGUUCAGAAAUGGGCGAUUGCAGGUAGUGGAGCCAACGUCGAGUUAGGGGUUAAGUGCCGACCUCCAACAAACCUCCUUCGACUAGUACUCGCGUCUGAACACUUUAGAAAUCAGCAUUCGAAAAACUGUGCUGUCGCUGAUCUUGAGGCCCUACGGCUUAAGCCGGGCUACGGGGAUCGAAAGAAUUGA